UGUUGGCGGCUCUGCUGAGCGCGGUAGCUGUCAGAUGGUGGAGAGAGAGACGCAGAGAGGACACCCGCCACUCGCUUCGUCUUUCCAGAGUAAACCUCCAUCAGUCGGCGCCUCCUGAAAGGCACUUCAGCGCCUCACCGGCCCCGUAGCUGCUGGGCGGACCUGCGCUUUCCACCCAGCGUUAGCACUAAAUUACAGUCAUUCUUUCGGAGUUGAAUAAAGCGACGAAGCGAGAGACAGGGGUGAGACAUGGCCACGACAACCUGUACGCGAUUCACAGAUGAAUAUCAGCUGUACGAGGAGCUGGGGAAGGGAGCCUUUUCAGUGGUGCGCAGAUGUGUGAAGCUGUGCACGGGACAGGAGUAUGCUGCCAAAAUAAUCAACACCAAAAAGUUAUCUGCAAGAGAUCACCAGAAGCUGGAGCGAGAGGCUCGGAUUUGUCGCCUGUUGAAACACCCCAACAUCGUUCGUCUUCAUGACAGUAUAUCAGAGGAGGGCUUCCACUACCUGCUUUUUGACUUGGUGACCGGAGGUGAACUGUUCGAGGACAUCGUAGCCAGAGAGUAUUAUAGCGAGGCCGACGCCAGUCAUUGCAUCCAGCAGAUCCUGGAGGCGGUGCUUCACUGCCAUCAAAUGGGUGUGGUGCACCGGGACCUGAAGCCCGAGAACCUUCUCCUGGCAAGCAAAUGCAAGAACGCUGCAGUGAAGCUGGCCGACUUUGGCCUGGCCAUCGAGGUGCAGGGGGAUCAGCAGGCCUGGUUUGGAUUUGCUGGCACACCGGGGUACCUGUCCCCUGAGGUGCUGAGGAAGGAGGCAUAUGGCAAGCCUGUGGACAUCUGGGCCUGCGGGGUGAUCCUCUACAUCCUGCUGGUGGGUUACCCUCCUUUCUGGGACGAGGACCAGCACAAGUUGUACCAGCAGAUCAAGGCUGGGGCUUAUGAUUUUCCUUCCCCAGAGUGGGACACAGUUACCCCAGAGGCCAAAAACCUGAUCAACCAGAUGCUGACCAUCAACCCAGCCAAGAGGAUCACUGCUCAGGAGGCCCUCAAGCACCCAUGGGUCUGUCAACGAUCUACAGUGGCGUCGAUGAUGCACAGACAGGAGACUGUAGAGUGCCUGAAGAAAUUCAAUGCCAGGAGGAAACUGAAGGGGGCCAUUCUUACUACCAUGCUGGUGUCUCGAAACUUCUCUGCAGCCAAGACCUUGCUCAACAAAAAGGCAGAUGUCAAGAAGCGCAAGUCCAGCUCUACUGUCCAGUAUAUGCCCCAGACAAACAGCACCAAAAACAGCAUAGUCACCAGUCCCAAAGGAAACAUCCCUUCACCUGCUCUGGAACCUCAGACAACUGUCAUCCAUAAUCCAGUGGACGGGACGAAGGAAUCAUCAGACAGCAGCAACACCACGGUGGAGGAUGAAGAUGUGAAAGCACGCAAACAAGAAAUUAUCAAGAUAACGGAGCAGCUGAUAGAAGCCAUCAACAACGGAGACUUUGAUGCAUAUGCUAAAAUCUGCGACCCUGGACUGACUUCAUUUGAGCCUGAGGCGCUGGGAAACCUGGUAGAGGGGAUGGAUUUCCACAGAUUUUACUUUGAGAACCUUUUGGCUAAGAACAGCAAGCCCAUCCACACCACCAUCCUGAACCCCCACGUGCACCUGAUCGGCGAGGACGCGGCCUGCAUCGCUUACAUCCGCCUGACCCAGUUCGUUGACAGCCAGGGUCGGCCGCGGUCUAGCCAGUCAGAGGAAACUCGUGUCUGGCAUCGCAGAGACAGCAAGUGGCAGAACAUCCACUUCCACUGCUCAGGUGCACCAGCUGCGCCGCUCCAGUGAGGUCACCUGCCAUAGUUUUGUCUGUCGGGAGUGCUCUGCUGGAGAGAGAGAGGAGGAAGAGGAGGAGGAGGAAGGGGUGAAAGAAUAGAUCCAGUGUCAGUUUGGGGGAUAGGGCUUGUCGCCCUUCAACAAUAAAGCCACCCUUACUGGACACCCGGCCUCAGCCCCCAGCAUGCAUCUCUUAUUUUACUACUGGCCCCGGUCUGCCGCCUUCAGACGACAGUAACUCAGCAGCCUUCACACCCCAGCUUCCUCUUCUUCCCUCCAGCACACUGGGUGAUCAGUGGGGGUGGGGGUGUUUGCAGCACUCGGUGUGGUUCCUUCUUCCUGUGGUCUCUUUCCCAUCCUCACAAUUUUUGUGACACCAACCCUCUUGUCCUCCUGUGAAUCCACACUUGUGUGACAUAAACACUGCACUGGAAAUACAGUAUGUAAAGUUUGAAGUAAAACGAUCAUUACUAUAGUAUUAUUAUGAUUAUUAUUAUUACACAUUUGCAAUUGUAUAUGUCAUUUGUAUAAUUCAAACUUCUUGAUGCCAGUGGUUUCUAGAGUUAAAGGAAAUCUUUUUUGUUUUUCUCUAUCUUUUUAAGGAAGCAUGUUGUUCCCCAUAUUAACAGUGGCUGUUUUUAUUGUGGCUAUUCAGUGAAAAAAUGAUAUCGCAGCUUUUGUAAUUUGCUUCUUAUAUGUUAGCUCUAAUACUGCACCCAACCUCACGGUCAACACGUUCUGGUUUUCUUUUGCUUUGCCUAUUUUCUAUUUCAUGCCUUUUUUUUUUUGGAAGGGGGAGUGGCUCAUGUAGAGUGUGUGUGUGGUUGUGGAAGGCAGACAGUGUAUUCUGGCCCAACAAAACAGUGACGCUGUACAGCUGGAGGAGCCUGUAGUUUUGCCCUUGUUGCAGUGUGAACGGCCGGUGAAGGGCUCAGUGUCUUCCUGCGUUGAAACCUAAACAUUAAAACCAUACAACAGAAACAGCAUGCAAGAGGAGUUUUAAUGUGAAUUUACCUUUUUCAUGUUUAUGUACAGUAUGUCUCUGUAGAGGCAGAACGCCCUGCGCUCCAGCAGCCUGAAUGGUGAGGUCUGAAACAUGAAGCAGAAACGUGAAGAUGCGUAAGAAGAAAAAGAUUUGAUCCCUUUCUUGUUUUGUAUUGGCGCCACCAUCAGCGGAUGACAAACAUUAUAACGAGAAACGUUUUCUUAACAUAAGAUACUUAAUCUUAAAGUGACUUUUUUGUUAAGAUGACGUUCUGCCCUUUGACCCCACCGCUGCCUUUUCACACACAUUGAUGAUUUAUAGAAAUGUCAGUGAGCAGUCGUUCAUCCUGGACUCCUGCUUCCAUCAAGAGCCUUUUUUUUUAUCUGGCUGGUGGCGCUGAAACGGGGCUUGGCGAGGGGGCGAUGCACUGUUGGUGGCGCCUGCUGUUGCUAGGCGACAGCUGAAUAUCUGCUUGAAGUUCAGUACUGUUCCUAAAAGUUAAGAUAUUUUUAGCAGGUCCUCCCCCUCCCCCAAUCAAAAUGACAAACAGAAGAAGUCAGCGCUGUAAAGAAAGGAUCCCACUGGAUAUGAGACCUUUCCUACUUCCGGAGUCGAACUGCAGAAAGGUGGUGCUGACCACCUGUUUGUCUCUAUGAAGCACAUACACUUAGGCUUUUAUCAGCGAUGAAGGAUGAAGAGUGUGUUCUUGGUUGUGCAGGGAUUCUGUGGUCUGGUUCCUCAUUUCAGGGCAGGUCUUUGACACAGGAUGCAAUAUUUCUGUGUGUGUGUGUGUGUGUGUGUGUGCGUGCUCGUGUAUGCAUGAACAGUAUAUCCAUUGCUCUCAGUGUGUAUUUACAAACCUGGGGGGUGGGUUUUGGAGGUGUGUGUUGUGCCAGAGAAGGCUUUAUUUCGGAGGACAUAUCAGUCCCCUGCCUUCAGUCCAGGACUUUCUUCUUAUGAUCUGUUUUUUUUUUUUCAUGUUUUAUCUUUUUCAUGUUUUUAUUCUCCUGCUCUUUGAUUUGUGUUACAGUAAAGUGUUGUCAGCUUUUCACGACACAAAGUGCUCGUGGCAGGAUUGAACGGAUGGACUUUGCAGCGCUGAAGACUGAUGUCGGGGUUUGACUUGCGAUCAGCUCCACUGCACUCUGCUCAUCCACCACUGGCUGCCUUCGCACUGGUCUCGCCACUAUUGGUCAGGCCAACUUAUUAAGAGGCGAGGCAGCCGGUUUGGUGAAUAGUCCUCAGGUUUCUAUUUAUUUUUUUAUAUCUAUUUAUUUAUUUUAUUGCAUAUUUCUAUUGUGCUUUUUCCUAUUGUACAACUCGUGCACUUCUGCGAGUACUGUCCGCUGUGUCAAGGGUCACUCUGUGUAAAAGGUGACAUGUUUUAAAGGGAUAGUACACCCAGUCUGCAUCCUGCAGGUGUUUUUCUUCCAACAUGGUGCGACUUAGUUACUCUUUUUCUGCAACUUUGCUUUAGCAUUUUUAUGGUGUUUGCGUGUUUCUUCCACGUAGAACAUAACCACGUUGCCAGAGUGAGACAUCUGUUACUUUAAAACUCAUGAUAUUGGAUUGUAUUUUGUGUGAACUAUCUCUCCCUUUCAGAGGAAGUGUUUUUUCUGUAUUCAAGUCACAGUAGCACUGUUCACGUCUAGUUAGCCCUCUUCUAAUACUGAAAGGUUAAAGGUCACCUGGAGGAGUUCAUGUGAUCAUGCUAAUCGAACAUGACCCCCACCCCUCUCCAAAAAACAAAUCGCAGCAUGUACAGUACAAAGGUGUUGUUCUUCUGUUCUUCUUAGUGUUUACUAGCCUUGAACAUCAGUAUAAGAGUCACAUAUUUCAAGCGAGGGAGUACACAGAGUUA